AUGUCUGAUUCUUCUCUGGUGUUCCUCAUAUUAAACUAUGGGGCAGAAAUGAUAUUUAUUCUCGAAGCUCGCCUCAGCGCUCAGAACGUUUCCGAAAAGACGGCUCGCAUGGUCCUUCAUGAUGUCAUAAAGCACAUGUAUAGUUCAGAGUUUAUGGAUGAGCUAUUCCGACCUCAGAUGCUCUACUCCUUCGCAGCAACAAGGGAGGUUUUCAAAUCGUUGAGUCAAACCUCUGUUAUGCAGUUGUCGCCGGCUUCAAUGGCUAAACUCUUUGAGUUGAUGACAACGGGGUUAAAGUACAAAAUAUUUUCACUACGGCAUCCACUCGAGCUGUUAGAGCUCACGUGGGCACAUUUGGAAGAAGUAAAACGGAUUGCUUCUCAUGAAACCCAAUGUUUUGUUGAUCCCAUAUUUUCUCGUGUAAACGACUUAUUUCAGCAGCUCAACGUGGGGAUGUUGGCGGAGGUUCGGAAAGAUUUACUGAACUUUCUCGUAGGGCGUUGCACACCCGUGUCACUACUUUUAGAAAGUGGCGUGCAGGCUCAAAGCGGUUACUUUUACCUAAAGGAGGAUAAAACCCUUCCUCCGCUUGUUGAAUGUGAACCACCAGGUACCAUUCGCUACUAUGGUAAUGGGAACCUUUUGGCUACCUGCACCUUCAAACACCGGGAUGCCCACCUCCGGCACCCGCUGGCGUUUCCGGUUGGACGGUGGGACCCUCGUAGUUCAACUGCGCCUCGUUUUACGAAGAGGAAUGUCAACAUGUACACUUCCAAGGACUUGGAAACUAAAACUCAGAAACUAGCGCAGCCAUCACAGAAGAGCGACGUUAUUGCAGCGCAUCCCGUAGGAACCAAACCCGAGGCCGUAAAGGCAGUUCAGCAAGAGAUGAGCCAGUUGUUGCGUCUCGUUAGAGGUGAGUCGGAAAAACCACAGCAUCUAUUUAAACUAGCUUUGUGUUAUGAAUUUGAAGCAGAACAUGGCACGCGAACUCCUACGACUGCUGAGGACGCCACUCUAAGUUGCAGUGGAACGGGCCCCCCGUCACCAAGAGCAAGUGACACCGCACCAUCACUCCCUGUGAAUCAAAUGAGCAAAGCUGAUGUGAGGAAAGAGAAUGAGAAACUUUUUUCCCUAAUGGGAGAACUAAACCUGGAGGAGGUUUCACGAAAAGGGGGACAUAACUCCGUAGUGACUGGAGCUAACCUGCUGGACAUUAUGGAUGAGGAGUGA